GUCGGCAGGCCGGAGCGACAGUGCGGCGCGGCUCACGCAGAGAGCGGUGGACGGCGGACCUUUCCCAGGCGCUGAGGGAGGGAUACGGCUGAGCGGCGCGGUCAUCACCUUUGUAGAGCCAACAUGAAGCUUUUCGGCUUGUUUGCGGUCAUCCUGGCGACGUCUGAAGCGGCGCUGGGGAAGCCACAAAAAGUCGUCUCGCGACCGUCAAAAUUGGCGCCUCCCGUCUUCAGCAUCACCGACCCGCUGGUGAACUUCACGGUGGACAUGAGCACAAACUACCUCGCGCCGGGCAACACUGUCCUGUCACCAUUCUCCAUCGUCAGCGUGAUGAAUCUGCUGCUGCUGGGCGCCUCCGACCGCACCUACGAGCAAUUGCGCAAGACGCUCAAGUACCCGCCCGACUUCCCUGACCUGAUCAUCCACCAGCACAGCGGCAUCGAGCUGAACGCCCUGACCGCGGGCACACCGGGCGUCACUGUCAACAUCGCCAACCGCAUAUUCGCCGACGAGCGCUUCCCUAUCGUGCCACAGUACCGACGUGAUGCGCAGGACUUCUACCAGGCAUCAAUCGAGACUGUAAGCUUUGGCGGCCGGCCGUCGGAGGCCACGCGCCUCGUCAACGAGUGGGUCUACAACAAUACCAACGGAAAGAUUGCGCAGCUGCUGGUGGAUCCGCUGCCGUCGCUGACGCGCAUGGUCGCUGCCAACGUGGUCUACUUCAACAGCUCAUGGAAGACGCCGUUCAAGCCGGAGCACACAGCGGCGCGACCGUUCAACGUGAGCGCCUCCGAGGUGGUGAUGACGGACGUGAUGAUGAGCAGCAUGGAGGUGCCUUACGCCGCCUUCCACGGGGACAAAUUCAGCGUGGUGGGCCUGCCGUACGAGGGCGAUCGGCACAGCAUGUACGUGUUCCUGCCUGACGAGGUCGGCGAGGCGGCGCUAGAGCGCCUGGAGCGCCACAUCGGCGAAGUUUCUCUCGACUCGAUCAUCGACGCGCUCCGGUUGACGUACCUGCCAGUGGCGCUGCCACGCUUCAAGAUGAGCCACACGCUCGCGCUGAGCGGCGUGCUGCGGCGCAUGGGCGCGAUAGACCUGUUCAGCCAAAGGCGCGCGUCGCUUCGCCGCCUCUCGCCCGACAACCAGCUCUUCUUGAGCGAGGUGCUACACCAGACAGUCAUCGACGUGCACGAGCGCGGCACGGAGGCGGCGGCCGCCACCGUCUCUUUUGCCUCCCGGUUCGGAAUUUCUCCCAACUUCGCAGCCACCCGGCCGUUCCUCUUCGUCAUCCGUGACAACAAGACCGGUGUGCCUCUCUUCUGGGGUCGUCUGAUACGCCCCGACCCCAGCACGCUCUAGAUGCCACGCGGCCCGCGGUCGCCGCCACGCCCGAAGCGCCGCACCGCGCUUGCGGGGUGCUCGACGCCCGACGGAGGCCCUGCUGUCCUCCCUCCGACGGCACCGCCUUCCCGGGACAGCUCUGGAAGCUGAGGCACGCGCGCGGUGCGCACUGUCCUCUCGCGGUCGGAGCGCGCGGCGUGAGCUCGACUACUGAUCCUUCGGGGAUUGGACUCUCGACCCGUCAGUCUCAGGUGGUAAGCCGCGAGCCUGCUUGGAAGGGGGAGCUGUCGACCGCGUGCCCGCGUGCGAUGCGUUGAGGGCACGGUUGACGCAGGCUACCGCUCUCAGGUGUUGGUCCGAUGCUGGCGGGCGGGCGAGCGGUGAACACGCGCCGCCACGAGUCCGGCGCGUUUCUGACCUGUGAUACGACCCCAGAUGCGCUGUCGGUGCCGACGGGGGGCCGCGCAAGGCAGCCGGGGUGCCUCUGCUGGGUCAGCGGGCCGGCCGGAGUCGGCAGCGCUUGCGUGAUCUGGUGACCAGGCCUGUGCAGGCUGCCGUCGUUCAUUCCGUUUGUCGUGUCUGUUUUGAAUAAAUCGAUGCAUUGUGUCUA